AUGGGAUUUUUGCAUGGUGUGCUUGAAGCGGUGAAAGAAGAUGAUGCAGUUAAAACGUACGAUAAAUACAUGGAUAGAAAGCUUAAUACAGUACUAGAAGAGGUAAAUAAAAAUAUUGGCUCCGGGCGUAAUGGGCUUGCGGCGUCUGUCGGCGCGGUGAGGGGGUGGUUGGAGGGGUAUGAAGGUGUUCUUACCACCAAUACUAAGAACCUUAGAAAUGCGUAUAUAACACUAAGAGAUUUUAAUUUUUUAAAAAUUAGCGAUGCACUUAGUUCACUUAAAAAACUUAGAGGCGAUGACAUUGCCAAGGUAGCCGACAUCAUAGAUAGGUGUAUUACUGAGGCCGGUAACUUGUCGAAAGACUUUACGCUGGCGAAGGUAGCGUAUACUAAGCUUGAUACGUCACUUAGAAAUAGACUACGUGACACUGCCCGCCGUUUGGAAGUAGAGGUGGCGCGGUUUGUAGCAGCGGCGAGUAACAGUGAGUUGAAAGCUGUUGUACAUUUGACCGGAAGGGAACUGGAGGUUCUACAAAGUACGGUGAACAGUCACGCGAAGGGGUGUUUGCACAUAAUGGAGAGUAAGAUGAACGAAGAAUUCAACGAGAAGAUUACGCAAAAAAUUGCAGGAAUUAAUGAUGAACUAAAACAACAUAUUAUCAUGUUGGACAGGUGGAUCGCGGCGGCGCAAAAUGUUGUCGAGCAGGCAAUAAAGAAGUGUGAUGAGAUACUUGGCAAAAUUAAAGAAAACGAUGAGAAUACAUUGCAGACGACAGAAAUAGGAAAAGCCGUCGAAAAGUUAAAAGGCGAGGCAAUAAAGCUUUUGAGUUCUGCGACUGAGGCUAAGAGAAGUGUUCAGAGUUUGGUGCCUGCGGCACUAAAGAAGGUGGAAGAAAUGGACACGGCGGUUGAGUAUGGUUUGUUUCAGAUAAAAGAACAGCUGAUGACAGGAUUGUAUAAAUACGUUAGUGCUUAUGUUGCUGAAGUACAAAGGCAAGUCGGAUUAAUUAAGGGUAAGAGAGGAGGAGAUGAUGGAAAAGGUAUCGAAGGGAUAAAAAAAAAGGUGCAAGGUUAUAUGAAUCAAUAUAAAACCUUCGAAAGCCUGGUGCAACAUUGGAUCAACGAUAUUCUUACCGAUAAUGGCAUAGUUAAAGAAUCGCUCGGGACGUACGUUAGUAAAAGUGGUCAACAUAGAUUCAAUCCCGAUGAUAUAACUAAUAGAAAUGGAUUUCAUUUGACGAAUUCCAAUAAGGUAGCAGCUGCAAUCAAGGAGCAGUUGACGCUGCUUGGUAUAGAAAUGGGGAACGCGGGAAUUGAGGAUGACGGCGAAGACAAUAUUCAGAACAAUAUUAUGGCUGUACACAAUUGUGUCACUGGAUUCGUAAUGCAUCUUAACGCUAAACUCGAUAAGGGAAAACCGCUGUCUGGUGAUAGAGACAGAUUUGUUGAGUCCAUAGCCACAGCUAUUGAGAAAGCUGUGGUAGUAGGAGGCGAUGGUGCGGCUUUCCGAAGCCAUCUCAAGCCCGUCGUUACUAACGUACUUGCUGCUUUGUACACGAAAACCAACCAGAUUCUAACCGAACUAGAAUCAUUAGUUGGCGUCGAACACGAAGUAAAAAUAGGAGAUAAUUUGGACGAUGCGCUGGGAGUGUCAAACAAUUUGGUUGAAGGUUUUACUGAGGCGAUAAAAAACCCUUCCGAAACCUCCUCCGCCACAUUCUUCAACCCUUAUGAUGCUGGGUCUACGAUUAAACUCAAAGACAAUAUCUUAAAAACGAUCAGUGAGGCACUGAUAAAGCAGAUUGGGAAGGAGAAUAAUCAUGGUAGAGUAAAUCUUGAAGGCGUUUCAAACUUCGCUCUGUACCGUACAAGCGUCACUGUGCCCACGGACGGUAAGCUGACAGGUAUUAAAGAUAAGAAAGAAGGAACACUACCGGAAGCUAUUGGAGAUAUUAAGACUGAGGUGGAAAAAGCAUUGCAAAAUGUUCAACCACAUCCUAGUGUAGGAGCGAUUCGGGAAGUUAAGGAUGCAACGUUUACAGAUCAGUACAACAUUGUAAAAAGAGAACUGCAAGACCUGACCAAAUUAGUUGAUGAAAAGAACGACAGUUUAAUCAGUGGUGAAAAUGGGAAAAUUGGCGUAAAAACACUAUUGAGAGAUAUAAAGCGGGGGCUAGGGAACAAGAGGGUAUGGUACUUUUUUCCGAAGGGCCUCACUGAAAUAAAGGAGCGUAUCCAUCACCUUCAAAAUACCGCUCUUACAGAGCUACUUACAAACGCCGAUAAUUUUUAUAAUGAUGUCAUGCAGAAGCUAACUGGUGAAGCAAUAGACUCCAUCAAGGCAUUCGUCAACAAGGAGAUACACCGAUCAACCACAACUAUGCGAGAAAAGGCGCAACAUCAUUACCACAACAAAAUAAGUAGUCUGUUCCAUGAGACUAAGUCAAGAGUCACGAAGUAUAUUAUUGAAAUGGAAACAAUGAUUGACAAGGAUUUGCAAAGCGGCGUUAAGGGCUUGAUGAGGAAAUUAAGGAUGCACCUAGAAAACGAUAUUCAAACCAAAGUCAUUUCUGGCAAUAAAAUAAGUGACGUGUAUAAAAACAUCGCUGCUUUUUCCACUAAGCUUCAUCCGUUACUCUCCGCCCUCCUCACCUACACCAAUGCCGACCUUAAGAAAAUCGACCCAAAUUUCACCAAACUCGCCAAAUUCGCCAAACCCCUCGAAAUGCCAUUUGCCAUCCUUGCUGAUGUCGCCCACUUCAGUUCUGCCUUUGCCAAUACCCUCUCCACCCUCUCCUCUCUCUCCUCCGCCCUCGACCCCCAAGCGCUGCCGGACGCAGGACGGCCCGUGCUCAAGGCGCUGAAGCAGGGGAUGCUGGGAUUCGUGGAGGAGUUGGGGAAGGGGUAUGUGAGUAGGUAUUCGAUGGAAACGUUCAAAGAGGGGUUGACUGAUAAGAAAGACACAUUAACCGAUUACGGCCGGAAGUGCGCGAAGGUAUGUCUCAGCAUAGUGCCCAUCGUGACCAACUCACUAAGUGAGCUCAAAGAGAACCUUGACGACGAAGACGGGAAGUGGAAGAAAUAUAAGAUAUAUAAUUCAGAUAAAUCCCACCAUAGCCUCCAUCGGCUAUUCUUCCGUGACAACGGUUAUGAUAUUGACUUGCCUGUGGAAGCGAAACACGGCGAGCUGAAUCAUAAAGAUACGAUACUAGGUGAAAUAAUUCUCAACAAAUUGAACGAUCCUACGUAUAAAUUGUUCGCUACUAGUAAGCAACCGCUUGGCGAUCAAGAGCUCACGGUAGACUUGGUCAACGAACACGGUAUCCUUGAAGAUCUGUUCGAUUGCCUUAAGAAAUACUUCGCAGUCUGCCACCUCGGCGCUCCCUCGAAGAAACACCCGUGCUCCGUUAACGAGAUGCUGUGCUGGCUGACUGGUCUCCCGCACAAUGGUGUUUAUGAGAAGCUGAAGGGGUACAUUCACAGCGUAUUUAUGGUGCCGAAAAAAGACAAUCCAUCCGAAAAAAUAUAUAUGCCUAUUGAUGCCUCUCCGUCUCCCAUCACUGAACCCAGUAUGGUAGAAGUUAUCGGACAGGUCUGCGCCAAGUCAUACGCCCUGCUGACCACCUUCGUCGGCACCGGUGACGAGGCAACGUACUACGCGUGCGAGUUCCCUAACAACUCCCUCGGUUUGCAGUAUCCAUCAAACCCUGCCGACUGCCUCGACACGCUGCUCGACAUCCUCCGUCGUAUUUUCCCGCCGCUAAAAUUCCUGUUCAUGCAGUGCGGUCAACCAGCGUCUGAAAAUGGUUGGUUGAAGUGCGUGUACGGUAAGAGUGUAGCGUCAUCCAAGUGGCCGUGCAAGGAGCACUCAAAGGGCAAAGCUAGGUGCGAAGCAAAGUGUCAACCAACGUGCGGACCAACGUGCCAACCAAAUUGCCGGCCAACGUCUCCACUUCAGUCCUACCUAUCCGACUCUCUCACCGGCCAUUUGCCACAUGCUUUGACAUCCAUCGGCUGCAGAGCUGAGUGUAAUACAUGUCCUAAGGGUAAGCCAGGAAUGCCCUGUAUCACUCCGCUCGGGUUCCGUGGCUUCUCCGGGUCGACCAAGACAGGCUCCUACCUGUCCUCCGUCAUCGGGGAAUUCUUAGAUAUUGCAAAUAUUCAUACCCUGUUUGGCCUAUCACCUACAACACCAAAAACGCUGCCGGAACACUUUGACUUCGUUUCGUGUCUUGUGCGUGGGUGGCAUAAUGACAAAAAGUAUCAUAAAGUUGGCGUUCAGAAGGCUUUCGAAGACUCAGCCGGCAGCUUGUCUAUCAAGCUGUAUAAUCAGCCUCACGAACUCACUGACGCACUGCGUAAUGCCUAUAGUGAGCCGCGGCCUGCUCAACUCAAUCAGGUGCGUAUGCCUCCACACGCUGCGUUGUCGAGUCUGUGGCUGAUAACUCCUAAUGAUCUCAGCCUGAAAGCAUAUUGCGCUCCGUAUAUGUCACCUCUAUGCGGGAAUGCCUACGGGUGCCUGCCAUUUAAGCACUCUAAUACGUACCUCUCCUGGGCCAUCUACCUCCCGUGGACAUUCUGGGACCUGCUCAACAAUCUCUACAAUUCCUUCUGCUCCAUCAACUGCCAAGACUGGGGAUGCCGUGGAUGUCUUCGUGGAGAUAAGUGCAAGAUGGGAGCGCAUGGUUCUAUCCAUGAGACUACCAAGAAAUCCAAUUGUCAGUGCUCUUCCAUCGUCGACUGCAAGGGCGUCGCACCAACGCUCUACCAGUAUGGUUUCGUCUUUGGUGAAGCGUCGACGUUGAAUGACAAGCAAUCGCCGAAGAAGUGUUCAGAUUUCUGCAGUCAGUUGAAGAAUGUUUUAAAAUCGAAAUAUUUCGAAAAAUUGUUUGAAGAAUGUGACAACUUCCUCUGGACAAUACGUACACCUUUCUCCUACCUUGUUCUUUCACUCUGGCUCCUCUCCUUGUUGUACCUCCUCCACAUCAUGGUCAUCCGCCUCGACCUGCUCCACAUCAAAUCUCACUUACACUCACCAUCAUCACAUCGCAUCGCCGCGCAAUCACUACUUGCUGCUGGACGUGUUAACAAGCUUAACAGAGUGUUUUACCUUCAACCAUAA